AUGAUUGGUGAGUCGAUUUACACAGACGAGCAGUUGAACUACAACAAGUUUUCAACCCUUGUGGUCGAUGAAUUCUCGAAAGCUCUACGCCAGACAUUCAAACACAUGUGGGACAAUGUCGGACCGGGACCGAUCUGGGAUGACUCUGAAGUUGUUCGAAACUUGUUUCUGGCAAUGGAGGGAAGCAACACCAGAGUUCCCAGAAAUAAGUCGUAUAAUAAGUGGGAUUGCACCGCACUGUUUCAAGCCACAAUCUACGCAAAAAUCUUCUCUUCACCGGACAGCAAAGGUAACCUUAAAACACUCAGUGAGAUGUACGUGAAGCCCCGUGGGUUCAUGCCUGAAGGAAGUUUCCACACCUCUGUGUUAAGUCCAGUUGGAAACGAUGCGGAAACGUUCGCCGUUGCGAUUGAUCAGUUGCGACUCCUUCGAAAUUUCCUUUUUCAUACCGUUAGUUCAAAGAUGGAUAAAACAACAUUUGAUCGGUACAUUGAACUAGCUAAAGACGCGUUCAAAGCUCUUGGAGUGGCGACAAACUCGAUUGAUGCCGUUGCAAGUUUGGACGAAUCCCAUUUUCCUACUGAAGAAGUUGCUCGGUUAAAGCGCAUUAUCUGCCUCAUGGCAGUUGGUACUGGAGUUUUAUUUGAUUAG